CUUAAAUUGACAGGCGUCCGCCCAUGGAACAGGACUGAUGGGAUUUCGGAAUACUCGAUCUGUUCGCGUCACUAGCUGGAGUGUUAUUUCGUUGAUGACGGCGUAUUGAUUGGCAGGAAGGAUUUCCACCAUCAUGCAGAAGGUGGAGAGACCAGAUCUCAUGACCUACCAACCUCACCUCACCUACUCACCACUAGACGCAGUGCGUACGCCCCGUAGAGAGAGAUCCCUCUCUCCUCCCUCCAUCUCUCCUUCUCCCUCUCCUGAGCUGAAGGUGUGUAGGGAGGAUGGAGGGUCUCCAGGAGGCUCCACAAUGCAGCUCCAAAAGACAUGCAUUCCCCUACAGCAGCAUUUCCACAGGCCAGAUAAUGGUGCCAACAUCUACAUGAAGAUGCCUAAUUUUAAACAGGAGGUCAGCAAGCAGAAGGUGAUGGGCAGCAUUAUCCAGUCAUCUAAGUUCCCAGCAGCUCAGAAACCAGACCCCAACCUGCCCUCAAAAAUAGAGACAGAGUACUGGCCCUGUCCUCCCUCACUGGCUGCUAUGGAGAUCGAGUGGAGGAAGAGGAAGGAGGAAGAGGAAGAGGGUAAGGAUGAGUUUGAAGUCCUGACUAGUGACGCCAAGACACUACAGGAGCAGGAGCUCCACAAGAUCAAGUCUAACCUGGGCAGGCUGAUCCUGAAGGAGGAGAAGGAGGAGCAGGAGAAGGCUCUACUUGACAUUGGCCGCAGGAAGACGCAGUCACUGCCAGACAGAACACACAUGCACACAAGUUUCUCCUUGAAGGUGUCCUCCAUCUCAGGUCUGACCAUGAUGCAGUCUGCAGAGUUCACUACAGAGGGAAAUCAAGGCAAAACAGAGAAAGGAGAGGCACCACGGGAAAGGAUGGACAGAGGAAAGUCACUGCCAAGUAUGCUGGAGCAGAAGAUCUACCCAUAUGAAAUGCUCAUAGUCACACAUAGAGGGCGCUGCAAUCUGCCGCCAGGCGUGGACCGUACCAGACUGGAGAGACACCUGUCUCCUGAGGACUUUGAGCGUCUGUUCGGAAUGCCCAUCGCAGAGUUCCACCGUCUGUCACUAUGGAAACGAAAUCAUUUGAAAAAGAAUGUUAAACUUUUCUAGCAGAAAGUGACCUUAUCCUUCACAGAAAACAGGAACUGCUCCACUGCCUCACGAAGAAUACCCCACAACACCAAACUAUCACACCGUAACUAACCAUAAAAAUGUCACAUCCUAACUAGUCCUAUAUCACUGUAGCCAUAUUCUACCUGUAUGUUCCCAUCGUAUCCUCUAGGGCUUUAUUCAAUCAUAUGCGCUUUUGACGACAUCUGCAUAGCGGUUGUUUUGGAGGUGUCAGAGGUAGAAGAACUGCACGAGAGCUGUCAAAUCCACAAGCGCCUCCUGGCAUUCUACCUAAAGCAGACAUUGCCAUUGGUUGCACAGAGUUGCAUUAAGAGAAAUACCAUGUAGCCUUGUUUACAAGUUGGAACACUGGAAUGUGAGAUGUAAUCUACACCUCCAUUCGGAUGAUAGAAACCAUCAUCAUUUAGUUGCGUGAUUUUCAAUUUGAGCGUCAUUAUUUCUAUAUGGCCUACAUUCUGACGGGUGCGGCUGCGUGACAUUUAUCAAGAGCAGCUGAUCACGUUUUGACAGCUCCAACUUAGUUACACCUCCAAAACAUCAGCUAUGUGAGUGUCUGCUGUCGCUGGUUAAUGCUGGAUCUGAUUGAAUCUGGGCCCUAGUCUCACUGGCUUUGAUAUAGAGCAUCAGUACAGAGACAAGCCUGACCCAAGUCUUACCCCUAAUCCUAACCGACCUGAUCAUAAGCAUUGAGAAUCUCCUAGUAUCUACUGCCUCCCCACCACAUACACACACACACAGAUGUACACACACUAUCUAGCCACACAAUAAUUAUCACUGCUUUUAAUACACUUAGAAAUGUGAAAAUAUUAUAAUUUUGAUAGUAAAUCUACAGUGCAUUUGGUAAGUAUUCAGACCUUCUCUUUUUUCCACAUUGUUACGUUACAGCCUUAUUCUUAAAUGGAUUUUUUUUUAAACACACGUUUACAUACAGUGGGGAGAACAAGGAUUUGAUACACUGACAAUUUUGCAGGUUUUCCUACUUACAAAGCAUGCAGAGAUUUGUAAUUUUUAUCAUAGGUACACUUCAACUGUGAGAGACGGAAUCUAAAACAAAAAUCCAGAUAAUCGCAUUGUAUGAUUAAGUAAUUAAUUUGCAUUUUAUUGUAUGAUAUAAGUGUUUGAUACAUCAGAAAAGCAGAACUUAAUAUUUGGUACAGAAACCUUUGUUUGCAAUUACAGAGAUCAUACGUUUCCUGUAGUUCUUGACCAGGUUUGCACACACUGCAGCAGGGAUUUUGGCCCACUCCUCCAUACAGACCUUCUCCAGAUCCUUCAGGUUUCGGGGCUGUCGCUGGGCAAUACGGACUUUCAGCUCCCUCCAAAGAUGUUCUAUUGGGUUCAGGUCUGGAUACUGGCUAGGCCACUCCAGGACCUUGAGAUGCUUCUUACGGAGCCACUCCUUAGUUGCCCUGGCUGUGUGUUUCGGGUCGUUGUCAUGCUGGAAGACCCAGCCACGACCCAUCUUCAAUGCUCUUCCUGAGGGAAGGAGGUUGUUGGCCAAGAUCUCGCGAUACAUGGCCCCAUCCAUCCUCCCCUCAAUACGGUGCAGUCGUCCUGUCUCCUUUGCAGAAAAGCAUCCCCAAAGAAUGAUCUUUGACACCUCCAUGGUUCACGGUUGGGAUGGUGUUCUUGGGGUUGUACUCAAUCCUUCUUCUUCCUCCAAACACGGCGAGUUGAGUUUAGACCAAAAUGCUAUUUUUGUCUCAUCAGACCACAUGACCUUCUCCCAUUCCUCCUCUGGAUCAUCCAGAUGGUCAUUGGCAAACUUCAGACGGGCCUGGACAUGCACUGGCUUGAGCAGGGGGACCUUGCGUGCACUGCAGGAUUUUAAUCCAUGACGGCGUAGUGUGUUACUAAUGGUUUUCUUUGAGACUGUGGUCCCAGCUCUCUUCAGAUCAUUGACCAGGUCCUGCCGUGUAGUUCUGGGCUGAUCCCUCACCUUUCUCAUGAUCAUUGAUGCCCCACAAGGUGAGAUUUUUCAUGGAGCCCCAGACCGAGGGUGAUUGACCAUCAUGUUGAACUUCUUCCAUUUUCUAAUAAUUGCGCCAACAGUUGUUGCCUUCUCACCAAGGUGCUUGCCUAUUGUCCUGUAGCCCAUCCCAGCCUUGUGCAGGUCUACAAUUGUAUCCCUGAAGUCCUUACACAGCUCCCUGGUCUUGGCCAUUGUGGAGAGGUUGGAGUCUGUUUGAUUGAGUGUGUGGACAGGUGUCUUUUAUACAGGUAACGAGUUCAAACAGGUGCAGUUAAUAGAGGUAAUGAGUGGAGAACAGGAGGGCUUCUUAAAGAAAAGCUAAAAGGUCUGUGAGAGCCGGAAUUCUUACUGGUUGGUAGGUGAUCAAAUACUUAUGUCAUGCAAUAAAAUGCAAGUUAAUUAUUUAAAAAUCAUACAAUGUGAUUUUCUGGAUUUUUGUUUUAUAUUCCAUCUCUCACAGUUGAAGUGUACCUAUGAUAAAAUUACAGACCUCUACAGGCUUUGUAAGUAGGAAAACCGGCAGUGUAUCAAAUCCUUGUUCUCCCCACUGUAAGUAUUCAGACUCUUUACUCAGUGUUUUGUUGAAGCACCUUUGGCAGUGAUUAUAGCCUUGAGUCUUCUUGGGUAUGACACAACAAGCGUGACCUGUAUUUGGGGAGUUUCUCCCAUUCUUCUCUGCAGAUCCUCUCAAGUUCUUGUCAGGUUCAAUGCACAGCUAUUUUCAGGUCUCUCCAGAUAUGUUCAAUCCGUUUAAAGUCCAGGCUCUGGCUUUGCUACUCAAGGACAUUCAGAGACGGGUCCCGAAGCCACACCUGCAUUGUCUUGGCUAUGUGCUUAUGGUCGUUGUCCUGUUGGAAGGUGGACCUUCGCCCCAGUAUGAGGCCCUGAGCACUCUGGAGCAAGUUUUCAUCAAGGAUCUCUCUGUACUUUGCUCUGUUCAUCUUUCUCUUGACCUUGACUAGUCUCCCAGUCCCUGCUGCUGAAAAACAUCCCCACAGCAUGAUGCUGCCACCACCAUGCUUCACUGUUGGGAUGGUAUUGGCCAGGAGAUGAGCAAUUCCUGGUUUCCUCCAGACGUGUUACUUGGCAUUGAGGCCAAACAAUUGGUUUCAUCAGACCAGAGAAUCUUGUUUCUCAUGGUCAGAGUCCUUUAGGUGCCUUUUGGCAAACUCCAAGUGGGCUGUCAUGUGCCUUUCUUUGAGGAGUGGCUUCUGUCUGGCCACUCUACCAGAAAGGCCUGAUUUGUGGAGUGCUGCAGAGAUGGUUGUCCUUUUGGAAGGUUCUCCCAUUUCCACAGAGGGACUCUGGAGCUCUGUCAGUGACCAUCGGGUUCUUGGUCACCUCCCUGACCAAGGCCCUUCUCCUCUGAUUACUCAGUAUGUCCGGGCGGCCAGCUCUAGGAAGAGUGGUGGUGGUUCCAAACUUCUUCCAUUUAAGAAUGAUGGAGGCCACUGUGUUCUUGGGAACAUUUAAUGCUGCAUAAAUGAUUUGGUACUCUUCCCCAGAUCUGUGCCUCAACACAAUCCUGUCUCGGAGCUCCACGGACAAUUUCUUCGACCUCAUGGCUUGGUUUUUGCUAUGACAUGCACCGUCAACUGUGGGACCUUAUAGACUGGUGUGUGCCUUUCCAAAUAAUGUCCAAUCAAUUGAAUUUACCACAGGUGGACUCCAAUAAAGUUGUAGAAACAUCUCAAGUAAGCUCAAUUUUGGGUCUCAUAGCAAAUGGUGUAAAUAAGGUAUUUCUGUUUUUUAUUUUUAAUAAAUUGGCAACAUUUCUAAACCUGUUUUUGCUUUGUUGUUAUGGGGUAUUGUGUGUAGAUUGAGGGGGGAAAAACAAUUUAAUACAUCUGUAACGUAACAAAAUGUGGAGAAAGUCGAGGGGUCUGAAUACUUUCCGUAUGCACUGUAUGUUCAAACUUCACAUUAUCACUGUGAUUUGUUUUUACAUGAUUGAUCGACCAUGGUUCAUGUUUUAUAGAAAUGUUGUAUUAGUACAGAUUUUUAUUCACGGUAAUAUAUUUCCUGGUGUGAACCCAUGACUGAGGUUGACAAAUAUUAUUAUUAUUAUUGUAUUAAUCUGAAAAUUCUCUCAAAACAGAACAGCAUUCUUUUUUUAUUUUCGUGGUUAUUCUCAAAUCAGAAACAGGCUCUAAGAUCGUAGAAAAGGUUCUGAGACAAGUAGGACAUUCCUGGCAUGAAGAACACCAGAAAUGAUUACCAUUCUAAAUCCCACCCAGAACAAGACCCGUAAUCCCUACCUCCCAACCCCCCAACCCUAGUGUAUAUGCUGGAUUUGGAAAAUGAAUAAAAUAAGUGUUGUAUUAUUUGUUUUAAUUACAUUUGACAACAAAUCUAGCUGUAUAGAAAACACUGUCCUUUGUCAUUCAACAAAUUCUACAAGGUAACAAAGGUGUUUCUUUUCAGUUUUUUAUUGACUGGAUACAGCUACAUAAAUCAGAGGCCUCGCAGUACAAAUACUUGCCCAAAAAAAGUUUUGAAAUUCAGCUAUUAUGAAAAACCUUAAUUAAACGAUCUCUGUACA